AUGCGUGGUAGCGUAGCAUUCAGCACAUCCAGGACCGCCGCCAGUCGGCCCCCUGCUCUACGCUCGUUCUACAAUACGCCCCGUUUCAUAUUCCUCUCUUGGACCGCCCUGGUCUUCAGCGCCGGAUUCGGAUACUACAUUGCCAAGGCGCGUAACACGGCCAAAGCGCACGACUUCCUACGCAAGGCCCGCAUUGAGCAGGCCCAACAGUCGGGGACAGUAUCAGAUGCCGAGCUACAGCAGAUCGCGCAGCAGCAGUCCCAGAGGAAAGUAUCCUCGAACGAGAAGUCUCCCGCUCAAUCACUCGCUGCAGCAUUCGCAAGGCAGAAAGAACGUGUAUGA